AUUUCGAACAGGACCGCGGUCUCUGCAGAGCAUGCAGGUCGUGGGCCCGCAAGCUCACUUGUUAACCGCAGGUCUCACUAGCAGCAUGAGGAACGCGACGCUGGCCGUGCUCGUCUGCGUCGUGCCCGCCGCCGUGCUCGCCCUCGCCACGCAGCGUGCCGCCAUUAAUUCGUUCGCCGGCCCGUACCACGUCAUUAUCACAGAGGCGAGUCAGUGCCCCGAAGGCAUCGUCACCCCGGGCGCCUCGAUGGGCAACUUGACGGGCAGUCUCCGGCAUGUACGGUCCUCGAGGUACCAAUUGUACAACGGCCAGAUAGUCUUGAAGAGGGAUAUCGUCGUCGGCAAGUUCGGGAUCAAAGUUGCAGUCGCCAAGUGGGACCCCGUCGCCGGCUGGAGAGAGAAUAACUUCUUCAAUCUCGAGGGCGUGCCCGGCGACCCGAGGGCGGAAGUCUGCAACGUGGUGUCCACCCUGGUGAAGGAUGCUAUAGACGCGGUUUCCCGCAGCCAACCCCAGAUCCCCAACAGGUGCCCAUUUCGCAAAGGUACGUACAUUAUCCGUAAUCUCAGCACUGCGCUUCUUGAACGCUACGAAGACUUUCCAGUCCUCCAAUACGGCCGGUUCAGAGCAGACGUUAUAUUUUAUCUAAUGAAAUCCAGGCAAAUAAUAGUCGGUUGUGCGAGGGGGGCCGGCGAUAUUGUUCCAAAACUGAAAACAAGUUGAUAUAAUAAAGUGCCCGAUCAAAAGGCUCAACACGCCAAGUUGACCAAAAAAACGUA